AUUAAUGAUGAUUAUGGUGAAUUCCAUUUACCUUUUAGCAAUUGAAGUAGAAAUACGGAACCGUCUCAGUAGCCACGGCGAAUGAUUGGACAAGUUAUAAAAACCAUUACGAAUAAUUUUGACUAAUUGGCCUAAAAUACUGUAGGCCUAUGUUAAAAAAAUACGAAAUGUUCCAACGUUAAUUACAUUUGGGUAAUUCCGUAUCAUUUGGGUGUUCAUUUGGGUAAAAUUGUGUAUCAUUUGCGUAAUUCCCUACUGAUCAUUUGGGUAAUUCGUCGGAUCCUGUGGUGUGGUGAUGAGGCAGGCUAGCCUAGGCCGACAUUUAUAAUGGCUGAUACCAGAGAGAAUGAAUCGUUAUCGUUGAUCAGAACUAUCACGUUGGUUAUUGGUGCGCAUAUUAUUAUGGUGCUAACUGAUGGAGCAACUUUAUCCUUCGGAAUAUUUCUCACGGAUUUUUCAGACGAACUCAAUGUGGGUUUAGGAGUGACAGGAGCAGCUUCCAGUUCACUCAUUUGUGUUGCGCAUAUUUUUGGUCCUUUUGGUGCAUACAUUGCGACUAAAACUGGAUAUCGAAUUACCAUCAUGAUUGGUUCACUAAUGAGCGCUGUUGGCCUAAUGUUGUCAUCCCAAGUACGGGAAACAUGGCAAUUAUUUUUGAGUCAUUCUUUAUUUACAGGAAUCGGUGUAGCUUUAGCAUAUACAAACAUUGUUGCGUAUAUUGGAAUAACAAUCUGUGAUAAGCACAUCUCGAUAGUUAACGGUGUUACUCUGGCGGGGACUGCUGUGGGAUGGAUAACUAUACCUCUUUUAAUCAAUGUACUGAGAGGGCUGUAUGGCUGGAGAUCUUCUCUGCUACUCCUUGGUGCUGUUGGGCUUCACGCCACAGUUCUUAGCCUAAUCCUUUUCAGAAGCACCAGAAAGGAAUCACAGUCAAAAAUCAGUAAAAUAAACUGUGAAUUUUCUGAAGCAAAUUUAGAUAAGGAUAGUAUGGAAUUACAUAGUGAAGAUGUUGAAGAUAAUGAGAAUGCGGAUGCUCAACCAAAAAAGACAAAGGUUCAGUUAUUAAAAGAGUAUUUGCAGCUACCAGUCACUUAUCCCCUCUUUGGUUAUCUUAUAAUUGUUACAAACCUGAUUAGUAUAGCGUUUGUUGGGACACUCUACCAUCUUGUUGCCAGCGCCAACACAAGAGGAGUCCCUGAAACGAAGGCUACACUUUUAAUGACUUUCUACGGCAUUGGAAGUAUCAUCGGUCGCAUUUUCAAUGGAGUUCCCAAUAAAUUAAAGCUAAUCAAGACAAAAAACACCUUUUUAAUUACACUGAUAGUAGCUGGUUUAUCCACCUUUUUGUUACCAUUUUGCAGAACCUAUCAGAGUAUGGUUUCUGUUACGUUUUUUAUUGGACUAUCAACGGGCGCCUGUAUACCACUCCUUUAUAUUUUGACAAGAGAAAUUGUCGGCAUUCAGAACUUUCCAAAUGCUCUUGGUAUGUUGCUAUUCACCACAGCAUUCAUAAACGUUGUUGCAGGUUUCAUCACAGGGUGGAUAUAUGACUUAUCUGGAUCUUACAACACUGCCUUCUUCAUCAUGGGAUCUUUCUAUAUCCUUGGAUGUUUUGUAAUAAUAGUACCAACAGUUGGUUUGAAGUACAAGAAAGCGAGGACAUGCAGUAAGCAUGUAACAGUUAAGAGUUCUGAAGUCAUCGGUCUGUCGUCUCCAGAAUCUGUGGGUACCGAAUUAUAAUACUGUAGUCUGAAUUUGUAAAAGUAGAACUGCAAAAGCUGAAGACUGCUAUAAUCUAUUGGACAAUUCGUCACUGACACCCCGAAGAGGCACAAACUUCAUAUAGUUGUUAA